AUGGGUGACUUGGUGACCCAACGGGUGAACUUGCUCUCAUGCCCAGUCCCCACUCCCGACUCCAGAACUCUACGGCCUAUUCGAACUGCCGAACUGGAGAAUCGUCUCUCCUCCUCCUCUUCCUCUCGCCUCCUGCAGCUCUUCCCUUCUCCACUUAUCUCAGAGAUCAAGACAUCAAGACAUCAAGUUGUAUCUACUUCUCUUACUCUCCCUCUUCAAUUUGGAGCAAUGAAUUCAAUAUUUCGUGGAUUGAAGAAUGAAGGUUGCAGUCAAAUUCUCUUGCUCUGGAAAUCUGGAGGCUUGUUUCUAUCUGUUUGUUUAAUUGUGAAUCACUAUGAAUUGGAACUACGAACUGGAGCAUAAAGUGAAUGGCAAAAGCUUGAGUCCAUUAUUAGAGUAGCUAAAAUUUUGUUGUUUAAGAAAUCCAAGCCCACCCAAGGUUUCAAUUCUUGAUCCGCCCCUGGCGCCAGCGCCGAUGUCAAUGACCACCUACCACCACCAUCACAAUCCUCAUUCAUCUCCUAACUCGACUUUCACCUCGAAACAUGAGACGAAGCAGCAGGAGUAGGAUGGAGGCCUCAUCCUUGUCUUCGAAGAGUCGACGCCGAUUUCGACGGCCGCGACUCGUCUCCGGCGAGGUGUUCUGGCAAGGGCAAGUCUCUCUCUCUCUCUCUCUCUUCACUUCGUCGCAAGCUUCCUUGCUCACAACCACCUCCACCGCCUAAAAUCUAUUUUCCGGCAAAUCCAAUUUCACGUGGGAACUGAAUUGCAGUGUGAGUUAGG